AUGAAGCACUGUGGAACUGUCCUGCAAGUGCACUUCAACACUUGUUCUUUUCUCCACUUUUUGCUUUAUUUCCUUUAACUGACCUGCUGGUCUUUGAUUUGAGCAGAUACAUCUGCACAACUGAGCCAAACCAAUCCAAACUAGAUCAAAUUGCCUCUGGUCACUAUGGAUAUUGCCAUCCAGCAUCCCUGGUUCAGACGUGCCCUGGGCCCCAUUCACCCUGCCCGACUCUUUGACCAGUUCUUCGGAGAGGGAAUCUACGACUACGACUUUUUUCCUUACACCUCCUCCACCAUCAGCCCAUUUUACAGACACUCACUGUUUCGCAACUUCUUGGAUUCCUCCAACUCUGGUGUCUCUGAGGUGAGGUCUGACAGGGACAAGUUCACAGUCUACCUGGAUGUCAAGCACUUCUCCCCUGAUGAACUUAGUGUGAAGGUGACCGAUGACUAUGUGGAGAUCCAGGGCAAGCAUGGAGAACGACAGGACGAUCAUGGUUACAUCUCCCGGGGGUUUCACCGCCGUUACCGCCUCCCCUCCAACGUGGACCAAUCAUCAGUCACCUGCACCCUGUCAGCUGAUGGUCUACUGACCCUCACCGGGCCAAAAGUGAGCGGGGGGAGCGAAUCUGGCCGCAGCAUCCCUAUCACACGUGAUGACAAGCCCAAUGCUGCUCCAUCCUCCUAGAGGAUACUGGGAUGUUUCCAAACGCCCUGAACGGUCUGGGAUUGACCACAAGUCUUCCAUUUUCCAAGAAGAUACCUGCUUCCAUAUGUCAUCAUCUGUAGAUCUUUCUUAGUUCACUUAUUUAAAACUUUUAGUAUCAUUGUUUUUAGAAUAACAACAGUCAAGUGCAAGGUUUCAUCUACCGACAAGACAUAGGUUUACUAAUUAUGAUGAAAAUCAAGCCCUGUGAGAGUUUAGAUGAUAAUCCUGAAGGUGUUGCAGAUCCCCCAUCAGUAAACUGCUCUGAAAACCCACUCUUCUUGUCUUACAUAUGUAAUGUAGAGUAGGCCUC